AUGACGGACGUCGAGAUGGAUGUCGAUACGAUACAACAACCCUCUCUCGAGGUGCCUGUGGAUGACGAUCUCAUUAACUAUGAGAGUGAUGCGGCGGACUAUUCCCUUACCGUAGACCAAGAUCUUGUCGAUGGCGCGAUUCCGGAAUCCGUUCAAAACGCAUAUGCAAACGCAGAGCAUACCGACCAGAGUGGCAACACCAAUGCCGAAAAGGCCGCCGAGGACCAUAGCAUGGACAAUUUGGCAGAAGCUGCCGGUGUUGCGAUAGAGUACAACUCGAAUGAGCAACCGAAUAUUGAACAGGCCCCCGAGCCUAAGCUGCCACUCGACGCCGACGCUGCCGGAGCCGCACUCGAUGCACUGACAGAAGCUGUUGGUGACGAGAUCGACUAUGGCCUUGGAGAGGUCGAUUAUAGUGGAGAACAAAACGAUGAUGGAAUGCAUGAAGAAGUUGCAGAAGAGGCUCAAGGCGCCACCGAAAAUGCAGGAACCAAGGUUUCCGAAGAACAUGCUGAGAUCAGUUGGGAGGAUGAUGCUGCCGACAAUGCGACGGCCGAAGUUCAAGAAGAGAGAGUUGAUGAGCAGGACGAGCUUUUCAAAGAAGCGAACACUGCCCAGUUCGGCGACUGGAAUGAACAAGCAAAUGUCGAGGAUGACGAGAAAGAGAGCAGAGAUCGUCGGCAGGACGAGUGGCAAGCGCUUGAAAGUGUCAUUUCUGGGAACGCCAGUAUAGAUGCCGCCGGCGAUCUUCAAUUAGAGAACACCGACCGUCGCUUUCCAAACAUCACGGUGCAAUACCAAGGAGACGAAUUCCCAUUCUUCUCGUCUGGCAAUGAGGGCUUCUUCUCUGACUUGUCCAUCCUCAAUGACAACAUGCAGAAUGUUUUUAGCGGAUUUCGUUCGCAGUUGGAGCAUGAGGUGACAGCAGAAGAUGAGUUAGUCUUCCAAGUAGAUGAGCUUGGGUUGGAGUUCACAGAGUCAACCCCGUCUAACGUUACAAUGCAUCAAAUUCUGGAGGUGUUUGACUUGCUUAUCAAGAAUGAUGACCCUAACGGCCGCCGAACGUUGUACACCUAUUUGUUUACAAGGUUAAACAGCGCGAGAAGAUACGAAUUUCUAGUAGAGAGCGCCACGUCAGGCAAAGGUCUAGAAGAGAUUCAGCAUCACUUUUCACAGCAAUCCAACCACAACGACAGCGAUGGCGACGGGACAGAUGACAGUGCGGUGUCUAGUGAACACGCCGAAGACCAGGACGAACAAAGCUACGCGCAUGAGCAAUUGGAUGAAGAUGGAGAAAACGAUGAGCACGACGAUGUGCACCAUGAAGAGUAUGCUGAACUGAACAUCGAAGAGCAUGGUGAAGUACACAUUGAAGAGCAUGCUGAAGGCGACGUUGAAGAGCACGGCGAGGAAUACCAUGAAGAGCCUGCUGAUGACCAUCAAGAAGAGGUUGAAUACUUUGAUGAGUCUGUCCCACAGGAAGAUGAAGCGUCGCAUGGGGAUGACUCGGCCAUUGCAAUCGCAGAUCCGGUCGAAGGCCUUGACGCAAAUGAGCAUGACGACAGCUUUGCCCAUGAACAUAGCAGCACGACCAGCACCCUUCAAGGUGACGCUGAUGGCACUGCUCUUGCUGAUGACGAAACCGCUGUUGACGCCGAAGCCGAUGGCCCCGUAUUCGUCACCGAGGCAAAUGAAGAUGCCGAAAUUGAUUGGCGAGACGACGACGAGAUUGAACUAGUUGGCGAUGGGGGUUCAGUAACUGGCAAGCGGUCGCGCGAUGACAAUGACGAGCCUGAUGUGGACGACGAAAUUGACUUUAAGCGUCGACGAUCUUGA